AUGGGCAACGCCGGGAGGGGGGCAAAAAAAACGAUAUCCUUCUGGCCCCUAGUUUUACUUAUUUUCUACGGUGUUAGCGGUGGGCCCUUCGGCGUCGAGCCGGUCGUGUCGGCGGCGGGACCGUUUCUAGCUCUCAUGGGCUUUCUGUUCCUUCCUAUGGUCUGGUCGAUCCCCGAGGCGCUAGUCACCGCGGAGCUCUCUACAACCUUUCCGGAAGCCGCGGGGUGUGUGGCAUGGGUCUCAACAGCUUUCGGCCCGUUCUGGGGGUGGAUGGAGGGCUACGCCAGCUGGAUGUCCGGCGUCGCAGACAACAGUCUUUAUCCGGUUCUCUUCCUCGACUACCUUGUGAGCCUGCUUCCCAGAGACAACUUUCUUCGUGAGGACGGGUUAGGCCGGUGGGGCUGCGUCGUCUGCCUCAACCUAGCCCUCUCCUACUUGGCCUACAGGGGCCUUAGAGUGGUAGGACGGACCGCCAUAGCGGUGGCGGUGUUCAGUUUGCUCCCGUUCGUUGUUCUCGUGCUGUGGGGGCUUCCGGACUGCACGAUGCCGGAGUCGUGGAUCUCUCCGCCAGACGGGGGCUGGGGAGCGAUACGAUGGGGGACGUAUCUGAACGUCAUGUUCUGGAACCUCAACUACUGGGACAGCGCGGCUUCUUUCGCCGGGGAGGUGGAGAACCCGGGGAGGACGUACCCUCGCGCCCUGGUCGCCUGCGUGGCCCUGGUCGUCCUGUGCUACGGCUUGCCGAUCUUCGUGGGGACCGGCGCGGCGUCCGUUGCUGCUGCUGCGGCGGCGGCGGCUAGCGCCGGCGAGGGGGGCCGGUGGUCCCUGUGGGAGGACGGGUACUUUGCGGAGGUGGCGGAGGCGAUCACGGGGCGUUGGCUCGGGGUGUGGGUGGUCCUGGCUGCCGCGGCGGCGAACAUCGGGCUCUUCGAGGCGGAGAUGACUUCCGACGCCCUCCAGCUCAUGGGAAUGGCGGAACGAGGGAUGCUGCCGGCGGUGUUUGCAAAGCGAGGGCCGCAUGGCAUCUCUACCCUGGCUAUCGUCGCCUCUUCCACGGGCGUGGCAUUUCUCGGGCUGCUGGGGUUCGAGACCAUCGUCGAGAUUUUGAAUCUUUUAUACUGUUUCGCGGAGAUUUUGGAGUUCGUGGCCUUCAUCAAGCUCCGAGUAUCCCACCGCGAUAUGCAUCGACCGUACGAGAUUCCCCUGGGCACCGUCGGCGUGUGCCUGCUGCUGCUGCCGGCGGCGAGCUUCGUUCUUUUGCUCGCCGCCUUUUCGUCGGUCAUUACCUGGGUCGUGUCGGGGGUGGCCCUGCUGAUAGGAGUAGGUCUCUACCCCGGCCUGCUGCUCGCGAAGCGCGAAAAGUGGUGCGAGUUUCGAUCCGCGACGCGAUACGAGGGUGAUGUCGACGGGGCGGACAAUGCGCCCUUGUACGGCAAUUGAACGUCGCGUGCGUGUAUAUUUUUGUUGACGUUUUUUGCGUUUGCGUUGUGCGGGAGAAAGCGCAAUCCGUUUGCAUGGUUUUGCUCAUGACGCCCUCCUUGUUGUUGUCGGUGAUACCACGGGGUCCGUGCGAAGACGAGAUGUUUAUGCGAGAGUCAAAGCAGCGUCCAACUC